AAAAGGGCGGGUGGGCGUGGCUCUGCCGCCUUCGGUCAGGGCUUCAGGGAUGCUGGGAAGGAGCAGCGGCGGCGUUUUCCGCCUCAAGGGAGGCUUCCGUCCCUCCCCGGUCCCCCUGCCUUGCCCCCGGGCCCCGGGGCUCCCUCCCUGGGCUGGCAUCUCCGGGGGCCCCCCUCCAGGUGCCAAUAUUGGGAAACCACUGGAGGGCAUACGGAUCCUUGACCUAACAAGAGUACUUGCUGGACCAUUUGCUACUAUGAAUCUAGGAGACCUUGGAGGUGAAGUAAUUAAAGUGGAAAAACCAGGAACUGGGGAUGAUACAAGAUCGUGGGGACCACCUUUCGUUGGAAAUGAAAGCGUUUAUUUUCUCAGUGUAAACAGAAAUAAAAAGAGCAUUGCUGUUGAUCUGAAGAAUCCAAAGGGAGUGAAGAUCAUUAAAGAGCUUUCAGCUGUCUCUGAUAUUCUUGUGGAAAACUACAUCCCUGGAAAACUGGCUGCGAUGGGCCUGGGUUAUGAAGACAUUAACAAGAUUGCUCCUCAGAUUGUUUACUGUUCAAUAACAGGCUAUGGACAAACUGGUCCAAAGUUUCAACGAGCCGGGUAUGACUCUGUUGCAGCUGCCGCCUCUGGCCUCUUGCACAUUACAGGGACUGAGGGGGGUGAGCCAGUUAGGCCAGGAGUUGCUAUGACUGACCUUGCCACAGGACUGUAUGCAUAUGGAGCGAUUAUGGCUGCACUUCUUCAGCGACAGAAAACAGGGAAGGGAAUGCAUGUGGACUGCAAUUUGCUAUCAUCUCAAGUUGCCUGCCUUACCUAUAUAGCAAGCAAUUUCCUAAACUGCAAAACAGAAACCAAACAAUGGGGCACUGCACAUGCAAGUAUUGUUCCUUACCAGGCUUUCAAAACAAAGGAUGGCUAUAUUGUGGUGGGAGCUGGAAAUGAUCAACAAUUUGCCACUGUUUGCAAGAUUUUGGGUUUGUCUGAAAUCAGCCACCAUCCCAAAUACAAAAACAACCAGCAGCGAGUGCUAAAUAGGGAAGAACUGAUUGGAAUUUUGUCAGCCAGGUUCUUGGAAGAAGAGACCACCAAAUGGCUAGAACUCUUUGAAGGUAGCGGUGUUCCAUAUGGCCCAAUUAACAGCAUGAAACAGGUGUUCUCAGAUCCUCAGGUUCUUCACAAUGGACUUGUUAUGGCGAUGAAUCAUCCAACCGCAGGGAAGAUUGCUGUUCCAGGGCCAGCUGUGAGGUACAGCCAGUUUGACGUCUCUGAGCCAAAGCCACCACCUCUUCUUGGUCAGCACACAUUGGAGAUACUGAAGGGCACAUUGGGGUACAAGGAUGAUGACAUAAAAGAACUACUUAGCUCUGGAGUGGUUGCUCAACAUGAACGCAUAUGAAUGCAUUUGGCUCCCAUCCGCAAUGAAAAGGAAAUCUUCUUGAAUCCUACUAGAUAUUAUCUCUUCACUUUUCACAACCUAAUGAAAGAAAUAUGAUAAAUCUUCUUUAUAUUACUUUAGCUAUGAUUUAAAAUACACUGACCAUCAAUCUACCAACCUGCUGGGUUUUAAAUGAUCUGAUUUUGCUACAUGAAAACAUAACUACAUAUUUUUGUAAAGUUCACACUGCCCAACAGUUAUAAUUCUAGGGAAUAUGAUUUUAUUAUGGUUGUAAUAAUCCCAAAUAUUAGAUGCCCACAAAAACACAGGAAAAUGGACAGGUAACAGUCACAUUUGAACACUAUAUUUAAAGGUGCCUUUCUGCUUAAAACAUUUUAGCAUAAAGCCACGGAUUUGAAAAAAAUAGGUAUCCUCAUGAUUCAUUUCAACCAGGAGUUCAAAAACUUUGUUGAUCUAUUAUGUGUGGGGUGUGUGUGUGUGUAGGGAGAGACAAACCUAUAUGAGGAGAAGAGAGAGACCCUGAUAAGAUUAAUUUAGCUAGGAUCAGGUUUGCUUGUGGUGGUAUUUUCUUUCCACUACAUUUGAUGGCAGCUGUAAAAACUCAUCUGUGGCCUCUCUCUUUACAUAGACUUAAACCAAGCAAAGUACUGAAUGGUGCUGGUAAAUGAAUGGUGUUCAUUUCCUAAAGGCUCUUCAGUUUUGCUGAUUUCUUUUAUUAAUAUGCAAAUUUUAUAUUGCCUAUACUGUUAGGUUUUCAAGUGGCAUCACCUUCCAAAAAGCAAGGUUCCCCCCCCCCCCCCAAGUAAUUUUCUAUCUUUUUUGACUUCUUAAUAAGGAAAUGACAUUUAAGAGCCGACUUCAGUUACAAAUUAUGGGUAAAAUCCUGACCAGUUAACACAGUGGGAAAUGAAAACAUUAUGUGGAAUAUUUCACCAGCAGCUCAUGUCAUCUAAAAAUCAUCACAAAAACAGCUGAGGGUGAGAAGAUGAUUCUAGAGCUACAAUAGAACAAAAUCCACAAUAGUGUGAUACCUAAGAAACAAAAACAGAAUAGAUUUUCAGACCAGUGCUUACCAUGGAGUAAGUGCUGGUAAAACCCUGCUAAACCAUUUAAGAAGCGCAUGUGUGUGAAAGC